AUGGCUCCUACUUCAAGUAGCCUAUGUGCUGGAUGUCGGCAAAAAAUAAUCGGCCGUCAUAUUACCUGCUCUUCAGAGGUUUGCAGAAAAAUAUAUGACGUUACUUGCGCAAAGGCUGACAAAAUCACCCGAGCUGAACUAGAUGCGUGGAUCUGCCCUGAGUGUCGGGCCUCUAAGAGGAAGACUGGGGAUUCUUCAACGCCUGUACGGGCUGUAACAUACGAGGAUCCAGAUGGUGUCACACAUCGAAAGAAAACUACCACAAGACUAGAAACCCCAGAACCAACUGAAACUACAUCUGUUCCUGGGGGUUUUUACCAAGCUCUGUAUAAUGAAUUCAAGGCUUUGCGGGAGUGCUUUGAAGAAUUUAAGCCUGAAGUUUAUUCUCGGUUGGACGCGAUCAACUUGGCUCUUCUAGAGAAUGCGAAAAGAAUGGAAGUAAUCGAAAGCAAGCAGGACACUCUGGAGCGCAGACAAACAGAUCUAGAUGUCAAACAGCAAAUACUGGAACAACGAAAUCAGGAACUGGAAAUGUCGGUGAAGACGUUGGAGGUUCAAAUGUCUUCCUUGAUGCAGAAAGGUCUUAGGAAGGAGGUGGAAAUUAUGGGAAUCCAAGAGAACACAACUGAACAACCUGCACAUUUAGCCUUUGUCAUUGCCGCUAAAAUAGGUGUGACUCUUGACCCCAGUGAUAUCGAAGAGGCCUCCAGGGCCGGGCCGCGCCGGAGUACUGCUGACCUUAAAGAUAAAUAUAUCUCACGUCCACUUGUGGUGAGGUUUGCGAAGACAUCUGUUCGAGAUAGCUUCCUGAAGGAAGCAAGAGCAAGACGUAACCUGAAAAGCAAUGAUAUUGUCGAAGGUUGUCCCGAGCAGAGAGUGUACGUCAAUGAAAGGCUUACUACUGAAAACCGACAUUUAUUUCGCGCAGCCAGAGAAAGGGCAAAUGCCUGUGACUUCAAGUUUUGCUGGGUCAAAAACGGAUCCAUCUAUAUUCGUAAGAAGGAAGGCAGCCCAGCUGUGCGCAUUCAGUCGCAGAACGAUUUACUCGGAUUGGCUGGACAGACUGAGUCCACUUCUUGA